AUGCCUCUCUCGGGACACUGCCUUUGCAAGGCCGUCACGUACACCGUGGACAUUGACGCGCCUCUAAUCACUGCCUAUGAUCACUGUGAUGACAGCCAACGCCAGAGUGGCUCGACCUACUCGCUUAUCGCCGUCGCCUCGCUGUCCACCGUAUCUUCUGCUCUGAGUGUGGUUCUCCGAUCGCCCACGACCCUGAUGCUGCUCCCGAAAUCAUUGCCCCCAAGGCCGGCACUCCCUCGACAUUGGGUUAAGCAGCACUUGAAGCCCGACACCGAGAUCUGGACUGUCAGCAAGCUUCCUUUCUGCCAGGAAUCUCUGGACCACUCGUUCAAGCACAUGCCGGUGUAA